AUGCUUGUCUAUACUUUUGAUUCGGAAAGAAAACAUCCAUGGAUCAUUGCUAUACUUCUCUUGUCUUCGUUUUCUCGGGCCAAAGCCGCUUCCCUGGAUGCAAAUGAACUUUCAAACAGCCAGUGCGAUAUACGUGACAAUUGUACAGUUACUCUUUCACGCAAAUGCAAGCGAAUUGAGCCAGGCUUGAAGCAAGAUUGUUUAGGAACACCUUUGCCCUACGCGCUCACUUCUGACGGUCCUGUUUUCGACGAUGUCUCCCAAUUCGAUCUGCAGACGUGGACCACUAUGAAAGCUGUGCCGAUGUGCUGGGACAAGCUCCACAUCUUCCUCUGCAUGGUGUACGUGCCGGAAUGCCAAGAGCAGCGGCCGGCGGCGCCCAACGCCCAGGCCACGACGACGCACUCGCGAAUCGUGCUGCCCGAGCGCGAGAUGUGUCUCGCCGUCCUCAAGGCCUGUCCGCUUCUCUUCUCCGGCGAGGAGGGUGUCGGUGGGAGGGGUCUGCUGGGUGACACCAUCCCGCGAUUCUUUCAAUGCCAAAAUUACGCUUCUGUUUGUCGACAGAACAAAUUGCGGCCGAAAAUCUUUGACGUCAACAAAGCCCAAUGCCAGGCGCCUCUUGUGUCUACCACAAAUCGUCGAAAUUGGAUUAAGGGUGUUGAGACGUGCGCGUUCCCGUGUCACAGCCCUAUCUACCGCCCAGAACACUACGCGCUCGCGAGGAAUCUGCUAUUUGUAGCCGCUGUCGCGGGAAUCGUCGUCAAUGUUUGCGUUCUGUGCUCUCUUCGACUCCUCCGCACCUCGUCGUCGUCAAGUCGCUGCCUCGCCAAGUCGUCGGCCGCGUCCGCAACCGCCACCGACGAGGUCGCGUGCGUCGUCGAUCCAGCCCGCCAGCUACCACACACCGCCCUCACAUUCAUCCACCUGGCCUUCCUCGUUGGCUGCGUGGGUCUGCUGUCGCCUCAACUGCCCGGCAUUGGCAACACCAUUGCGUGUCGCGCAGACGGCAGUGUUCGUGUGGGUGAGCCCCAAACACAAGGCAUCAAGCAAACAAGUGUUGUUCACACCGAGGAACUUGUCCAACUCACGUUUUCGACUUCUUCGGAGUUCCAUGGCGGCAGCUGCAGCACAGAGACGCGACAGCGAGUCGAUAGAGAGGUUUCUCUGACUGCCUCCACCGCCAUCUCGGUUGCUCCGCGAAGACGAGGCAGCUCGGUUGAGAACGGGACGCGAGAGGAGGCUUCGCAAACUCCUUCGAUCGGCAGAGCCCGCGCUAGCGAGACCGACUGUGGAACAUUCUCGACAUUGUCGCGCGACGCUGCGUCUAAGAUGGACGUUGCAGAUUCCUACUACAAUGUCUGUCUUCUCCUUCUGAGUCUAGCUUCGUUGAAGCACAAGGUUGCUUCCAGUCUCUCCACAACCUCAAACCCAUCGAGUGGUUUCGACAAGUCUGGAAUUUCGCUGGCAAAAGCAACGAACAUGCCACGUACUCAACAGCAAGCAGAAUAUGACGCCGGAAAUGGUGCGAUGCGAGAGUCUGAGGCCGGUACCACGUGGCCAACCGCUUUCUAG